AUCCCUCGUGGGUCGUGACCAUGAUGAUUACAAGACGACGACCAACCAAAGCUAGCUCAAAAAUAAAAUAACACAUUAAAACAAAUAAAUAUAAAAAUAAAGAAAUCCCGCGUAUAUAUACCGUGAAUUCCAUGUAAGAUAACUUUCAGCCAAGGAAGCGAAGAACCAUGGCUUCAUCUUCUUCCAUUUCCUCUUCCAAAGACAUGAGAAUCCCUGUUUCUCCUCCUCCGCCUCCUCCUCACUCCCCCGCGUAUACACCGAUUCAAGAAAGCGAAGGAGAAGAAGGCAACGGAACUGGAAACUCGAAUCCGUCCGUCGAGAGGAACACACACUCCAAACACCACCCCACUCCCCUCCACCUCCCGCACAAGCCGUCCGAUCGGAAAUCAACGGGGUGCGACGGUGAUGAUGAAGACCGUACAGUCUCCUGCAACAAGUGCCGGCCCACUGCGCGCGAGAAGAUCUCAGUCGUCCCUCUUGAUACCAACGGCUACAAGCGGCCAUCAUCAAACCCCAGCCCUAACCCCAACGGCAUCUUCAGGUCCCUUUUCUCCUCCCUCACGAAGAAAAGCCCCAGGUCGUCUUCCGACCCCUCGUCCUCCGCCCGAGAAGAGCAAUGGAAGCUCGCGGCGGCCGAGCUCUCGCACAAGCUCCUGCAAGCGACUCGGAAACGCGACGAAGCGCUUCUAGAAGCUUCCAAGCUCAAAAACUCCAUGUCCGAACUGGAGAAGAAGCUCAACAAGCUCGAAAUCUACUGCAACGAGCUGAAAUCUGGGCUGGAGGUAUGCAGCGGCUCGUCUCCCUUGAAACUCCAGAUCGAGAACAGGGACCUCAAUCGGACGCAUCAAACCGUCGAAUCCUUCCUCCACGCCGUAUCCGACGCCCGAUCCUCCGUCCGGCACCUGAGCCGCUCCCUUACGCUGCAGCUGCGGCAGAUGGGCGGAAAAGUCUACGAUCGCAUCUCAUCUCUCCUCCAGCCGUACGAUGUCAAGAUCUCCGUCUCCAAGAACCCUAGAAGCCUUCUCUUCUACCUAGAAGCGCUCCUAAACAGGGCCUUCUACGAGGACUUCGAAGGGGUAGGGUUCCAGAAGAACGGCUCAGAUCCGAUCCUGAACCCGAUCGAACGGUGCGAGGCGAACCUGGCUUCGUACGCGGUCCUGAAAGAGCUGAGCUGGGAGGAAGUCCUCAACAAGGGAACGAGGCAUUUCAGCGAGGAUUUCAGCAGGUAUUGCGACCGGAAGAUGAGCGAGAUCGUGGCGAUGCUGGGGUGGAGCAGGGCGUGGCCAGAGCCGCUGCUGCAGGCUUUUUUCGGUGCGGCCAAAGGCGUGUGGAUCGUACACCUGCUGGCACGUGCGGUGCAUCCAAGCGUGCCGAUAUUUCGGGUGGAGAAAGGAGCCAGAUUCGAAGGCGUGUAUAUGGAAGAUAUGGUGGGGGAUCGGGUCCGGAAGCUGGCGCCAACCACGGUCCGAAUCAUGGUCGCGCCCGGGUUCUAUGUCUGCAACAACGUGGUGAAAUGCAAGGUGCUUUGCAGGUACAGUCAGCAGCUCGAAACGGCGUCUUAGGGACGUAUCGGCCGAAACAUGUGCGUAUCGCCCGGUACGUACCGGCUUCGGCCAUUGACAUUACGCCUGUGGACCAACACGUGGCCAUACGAUCCGGUGACCCGCCGGUGGAUUGCGUCUCCAUUGACACGUGGCGGCAAGUGGAACGUUGAUUGCGUGGGGCACCGGGCAAAAUGGUUAUAGAUGAAAACUUUACUGGAGAAGCGAUCGGGAGAUUGAAAGGAAUUGGGUCACACGUGCGAACUUUUCACGUGCGGGUGGGAUCCAGGGGAUCCAGUGACGAUUUUUGCCGGUAAGUGGGCAGCACGUGAAUGAGAAAAGUGGACGGUUUGGAAAAGACGGACAGAUGGACGGUUGAUUUUCUUCUCUCUUGGUGGCCUCCAUCUAUUCACGGCUGAGAUCCUGCGUAUCCGUGACGUCUUAGCACGUGCACGGUCGAACGUUGACUCAACCUCCCAGACGAAUUGCAUUGAGAGGACGGUCCGGAUGCUCUGCCCCCACUAGUCGUUGUAGGGCAAAUGGCCCGCCAAACAGGGGAAAAGGCGCACGGAUUGGACGGGCAACGUUUACUUUCGUCAAUAUUCAUUUCUCCAUAUGGCGGGCCACCAGAUCAACGGUUCAUAUCGCGCUAGACAUGUGGUACGUGUGCGGUGGAUAAGACAGAUGGUUGAGAUUGGUCCAGUCCAGAGUCCGUAUAGGUAUUUUUUUGGUAUGUUAUUGUUUGUUGGGAUCUGAGAAUUGAAAGUAAAAUGUUGGCGCUUUUGCUGUUA